AUGAGAAUGCUGGCGUCAGAAGGCGAGUUUCACAAUGUUGACCAGAGGUGCACCAGCGCCAGGAUGCAGAAAGAUAUGCUGGAGUUCCACAACCUCACGUUGAAAAAUACUAAAAUUCUGGGAACAUCGCAUAUGUCCACCGUUUCCGGAAUAGUGCGUCGCAUCAGCUCAUCGACGGUAAAGCAUUACAGAAGGCAUAGACACUCCACUGCUAGAAGUACUAUUCUGUCAAUGCAAGAUGUAAACUCUCGACAACUUACAACAGCAGAGCAUGUUGAAACUGGUGGGAUCAAGUUCGAGAUAUAUUUAAAUUAUUUUGGGGCGAUGGGUAUCACUCUUGCUGGACUUUUUGUAUUGGGGUUGAUUAUGAGUACGAGUUUUUCCAUGGCAAGAAAUAUCUGGUUGACCGACUGGUCAGACCACAACACAAGUGUAAUGAACAACACCCAACGCCUUCAUUCGUUGAGGAUGCGACUCGGAGUGUUCGCAGUCCUUGGUUUUGGUGAAGUGUUUUGUCUAUUCAUUGCUAUUGUUUCCUUGCUGUUUGGUGGUGUUUCGGCUUCAAGAAAUCUUCACAACCCACUUCUUCAUUCGAUAUUUCGUGCUCCAAUGUCCUUUUUUGACACAACGCCUUUCGGACGAAUAUUAAACCGCAUUGGCAAGGAUAUUGAGACCGUUGAUCUACUGCUGCCGCUGAAUGUCCAAUUUUUUAUGCAUUGUCUUAUGCAAGUGCUUUCAACUUUGGUAAUUGUUAUGAUAUCAACUCCAGUCUUCGGAGUAGCAAUAGUACCUCUUGCUAUCAUUUAUUUUACGAUAAUGAGGUAUUAUAUUGCUACUUCUCGGCAGCUUAAACGUCUGGAGUCUAUCUCUCGUUCGCCCAUAUACAGCCAUCUUGGUGAAAGCAUACAGGGUGCAUCAACGAUACGUGCCUAUCGACUAACGGAACGUUUUGCGAUAAUGUCUGAGCAAAAGGUUGAUGCGCAUGUGCAAUGUCGCUACUUUGGAUACGUUGCUAAUCGAUGGAUGUCUGUUCGUCUAGAAUUGCUUGGUAAUUGUGUUGUACUUUUUGCCGCACUCUUUGCUGCCCUCACAAGAGAUUCUACAACCUCUGGCGUUAUUGGAUUGUCUGUGUCCUAUGCGCUCAAUAUUACUACUGUUCUGAAUCUAGCUGUACGACAGAUAAGCAAGCUGGAGACUAACAUAGUUUCAGUGGAAAGAAUAGGAGAGUAUGUGAAUUCUCUGACGGAAGCGAAUUGGGAAUCUGAAGGCGACCAACGUCCCCCACCAGGUUGGCCAAGUGAAGGGAGAAUCCAAAUUCACAACUAUUCUACUCGAUAUAGACAAGGACUUGAUCUUGUAGUUAAGUCGUUGAAUGCCAACAUAGGACCUCACGAAAAAGUUGGGAUUGUAGGAAGAACAGGAGCAGGCAAAUCAUCAAUCACCCUUGCUUUGUUUCGGAUGAUCGAACCAGCUGAAGGUAGUAUAAUCAUUGAUGGUGUGGACAUUGCCAAGUUAGGUUUACACGAUCUGCGCAACCACUUGACUAUCAUUCCUCAGGAUCCUGUACUCUUCUCUGGCACUUUGCGUUUCAAUCUGGAUCCUUUCUAUCGUCACAGUGAUGACGAAAUAUGGCACGCUUUGGAACUGGCGAAUUUGAAAUCCUUUGCGCUCUCGCAAACGGCACAAUUAGAUCACGAGAUCACUGAAGGAGGAGAGAAUAUUAGUGUUGGACAGCGGCAGCUGAUAUGUCUGGCGCGUGCUUUGUUGCGAAGGACACGAGUUCUUAUUUUGGAUGAGGCUACCGCUGCUGUUGAUAUGGGUACAGAUGCUCUCAUCCAGCGUACUAUACGCAAGGAGUUUUCACAUAGUACUGUUCUCACAAUAGCUCACCGACUUAACACUAUUAUGGAUUAUGACAGGAUCAUAGUACUGCACGAUGGUCAGAUUUCUGAAUUCGAUAGCCCAGCCAGGCUAAUAGCGAACAGAUUAUCCGAGUUUCACGCCAUGGCAAAAAAAGCAGGGAUUGUACAGUAG